AUGCCGGCAGGGGUCGAUGACGUGGUUCGAUCAGUUCAUUGGGCUGUAUCCGCAGCGACUGCGCAGGCGCUCUUCUGGGUACAUAAACUCGACAUUCGCAGGCAGGUAUUUCUCCUGCCGCCAAUGAACCUGCCCAUCGGCGGGAAUCCGUCUGUCUCUGCAAAGCCUACUCCUACUAGCCGAAACAGGCCCUUCCGAUCGUCCAACGCUGAGCCAGUAGCCAACAAGGGCGACGGUCUGGCGCAACAACAUCAGCCCUACCAGCUCUGGAAGACCAAGUCCGACGAUGUGAAGAUGAUGCGUGCAGUUUUGCUUGCCAAGACACCAAGCAAACCUGCCCGCAUCGUCUUCGCCUUGCCCGACUCGUUCAUCCACAGCCGGCUUGCACCGCGUACGUCUAGGUAUCAAUCCCGUCCGUUGUGGAGAGCGGGGUGUGGCUGGCCGGGCUCGCCAGGACGCCCGGAGAUUCCGAAAGAGCCGAAACAACCCGCGCCUUCCUUCGACGUGGACCUUCCUUUCAAGAUGGCCGGAGGAGGGAUGCCUUUGGCCCAGGAGACUGCACCUCUCACUGUUAAAAAACAUCCUUCCGCCAGUCAUCUUGGAAGGGAUGUCGAUGUUGGAGGCUUCUGCGAAGUUUGCUCUUCUUCUGGAAGCUGUGGCCGGCUUCAGACCUCAGCGGAAGUAGUUGUAGGCCUGUUGGGUCUUGCCGGAUCAACUUUCUUCGGGUGUUUUUUUAAAUUGAUUGUUUAA